ACGGCAUUAUAUUGUCUGUAAGUUGAUCCGAAGUGCUUCAAGCCUCAGGGGCGGCCAAUCUCCGUCUGCGUGAAGCCGUAUUCUUUCCCCUUGUCUCUCCAACUAUAAUGCCAUACACUCUGUUAUGGAGUGGAAGACAGUUGCACUGGCACUCUUAGUGAUAAGCCUUGGAUUUUUGGCUAUUCCGAUAAGAGUACCGCCAGAUACAAGUACCGAGGAUGUUAACUUAUUCAAAACUUACGUUUCCUAUUAUAACAAAUCCUAUCGGCAUAAUCCGGACGAGUACGAAAGGAAAUUCAAAGGUUUUCAGCGAUCGCUCCGUCAAAUCGAACGCAUGAAUCGGUUGCGAUCGACUCAGCAAAGCGCUUACUACGGAUUGACGGAAUUUUCCGAUCUUUCGGAGGAGGAAUUUCUGCGUCUAACAUUGCGCCCGGAUUUAUCGAGCCGGGGAGAACGCCACAAAAAUGAUCGUCAUCACCAUCGUCAGCAUCGUACACCUGGAGAACACCUGAAUCGUAUCAAGAGACUGAUUAAGAUACCGACGAAAAACGAUUGGAGGACAAAACACGUAGUUACUCCAGUCAGGGCCCAAGGAUCGUGCGGGGCCUGUUGGGCAUACACUGCAGUAGAAUGCAUUGAAUCCAUGGUUGCUAUAAAAAAUGGGACAUUGCGCUCUUUCAGCGUGCAAGAGAUGAUAGACUGCGCGAGGAAUGGCAAUUUGGGAUGCAAUGGAGGUGAUAUUUGCAGUCUUCUCUCCUGGCUCGACGAUUAUGGAGUUCCUAUUUUGGCAGAAAGCGCUUAUCCCGUGACAGGAACAUCCGGUACUUGCUUGUUAGAUAGAUCAAAAACGUCAACGGUUCGAGUUGCGGGUUUCACGUGUGACAGUUACGUUGGAUCGGAGGAGGAACUCAUAGCAACACUUGUCAAUCAUGGACCAGUAGCAGCAGCGGUCAAUGCUCUCACGUGGCAGAACUACUUAGGCGGUAUUAUACAAUUCCAUUGUGACGGUGCAUUUUCGAUGUUGAAUCAUGCAGUUCAGAUAGUGGGAUACGAUAACAGCGGGCCAAUACCUUUUUACAUAGUCAGGAACUCCUGGGGACCACUAUUCGGCGACAAAGGUUAUUUGUACAUCGCAAUUGGAAGUAACAUAUGCGGUAUUGCAAAUCAAGUCGCUGCGGUGGAUGUCAUUUUUUAAAUUUUGUAUAUUACAAAGAGUGAACCAACAGUGUAUUCUAUUCUUAUGUGU